UGGCAGCAAAUAAAAGCAGUAAAAGACAGAGACGAGUGUAGAUUAAAGACCGACUCGCUCAGCUAAAAGGAACAUGGGGUCUGGUAACAUUAGUUUGGCUGCAAAUCCAUCACAUGGACUGGAAUCAGCUUUGAGACACAUACAAACAGCCUCCAUUCUCAUCUACUGUGUGAUAUUUAUAGUUGGAACUUUGGGCAAUGCUCUGGUUAUCUAUGUGACGGGGUUAAAAAUGAAGAAAACAGUCGAGACAGUUUGGUUUCUCAACCUGGCCAUAGCUGACUUCCUCUUCACAGCCUUCCUGAUUUUCUCGAUCAUUUCUCUCUCUCAGAGUCACCGAUGGCCUUUUGGACAAUUCAUGUGCAAGCUCAACAACUUUGUCACUUUAGUCAACAUGUUUGCCAGCAUUUUUAGUCUGACAGCUAUGAGUGCUGAUCGUUGUUUGUCCAUCUGGGUGGUGGUGUGGGCACACAACAAGCGCACAGUCUGCAAAGCUCGGCUCAUAUGUGUUGGUAUCUGGGUGACUGCUGCGAUCUGCAGCACUCCUUAUGCCACUUUUCGCACUGUUGUGGAAUACAAUGGGGCACAUUCCUGUGGUUAUUCUAUGACACAUGAACAGAAAUGGAGUCUCCACAUUUUUCGCUUUCUUAUGGGCUUUGUGAUCCCAUUCCUGGUCAUAUUCGUCUCUUAUGUGGCCAUAGGCAUACGUGCAAUGCGCAUGUCAAGAACAAGGAGACGCAGAUCUCGCCGAAUCAUUUUCUCCAUCAUUUUUGCAUUCUUCAUCUGCUGGUUGCCCUUCCAUGUUUGCAGUUUUAUAGAAAUAAAGGCUGUGACUAACCCAGACCUCAGGAACAUUGUUAGAACCAUGGGUCCUCUGACUUUGAGUCUGGCUUUUCUGAACAGCUGCCUGAACCCCAUCCUUUAUGUUUUCAUGUGUGAAGAAUUCAUGAAGAAGCUUCGGCAGUCCGUAUGUUUUGUACUUGAGAGUGCUCUGGCAGAGGACCACAUGUCGUUCUUGUCCACUCGCUCCAUGUCAACCUUUUCAAAUACUGCCCAAAAGUCAGAAGCUGCUGCAACUUCAAAGAGGACUGACACGGCUGAUUUGAAAUCCUUCACAGAAAGCAAAGUGAUCGUCACUCAGGAGACACCGAGCACUGAAUAAGAUUUCAACUGAAAAAAAAAACUUUUUUAAUUGUUCGUGUCAAAUUGACUGACACAGUGCAGUCAUGCAUAGAUAUUAAAAAGUGUGUGUUAAAUUGUUACUUUGUUAUAAAUUGUUCUUACUGUUGCAGGGAGUAUCUCGCUGUGCUCCCUCCAAGUGUAAGAAAGAAAUGUUACGACUUUUCUGAUUAGUCACAGUAACAGAAACCCUUUGUGGCUUUGCUUCAGCUUAAAGUUGUGAUUAUUGAUUUACUGAUUAAAACAACCUGUUUUAAGGGUUUUCAAGAUUACAUUUGGUAAGAUUUCUAUUUGUGUACAUAACUUUUUAAUCUUCGAGCUUGUUAAACCAUGUUUAUUAGUAUCUGCAUCUAUUACACUGUCAGAUACUCAACAUUUAUUGGUCUCUAUGUAUUUUUAACCUGUGAAUAAAAACAU